ACACGGAGCAUGUUCCAUUGUACAGGCUGCUCUGACGGAGUGCCGCGGUUAUUGAGCUGCGGACUGUUAAAUGCGAGAUUUCCUCAAAGUUGCUUCAUAUUUUACAGACGGUUGUCGCUUUUCUAAAAGCUCGGAAUCAUAUGAGGUUGCUCCGGGGAAAUUACCGGUGUUUACGGGGACGGAUCUCCACCGAAGGAAUUUCUCCAUUAGCGGCAACUCAUCCACCUUGCUGUCUCCCGUUAGCACCGGAGCUAACCAGCGUUAGCCGCGGCGUGAAUCCGAAGGAGCUCCGCAGGAAUUAUGUCUUCAUCCCGGGGGGAUCGUGGUCCGAAAUAAGCCGGGAUCGAGCAACGAGGGGCGGCUGCUAGCUCGCUAACUAGCUGCGUAGCCGAGGUGGCUAGCCUGCUAACGCUAACGGUGCCGGAUUGUCUGUCACAAAAGGGCGACGCGUGAACCAGAGACUCUGCGGCUUCCUUCUUAUUAUUUUUUUUUUUUUACAGUUUUUUAAUUGUCCGGACUGUCGUUGAAAAGGAUCCAGGAUGAACGGGUUCAGCACGGAGGAGGACAGCCACGACGGACCGCCUGCUCCGCCGUUCUACGGACAGAGCUGCUGCCUGAUCGAGGACGGGGAGCGCUGCGGCCGGUCGGCUGGAAACGCCUCCUUCAGCAAGAGGAUCCAGAAGAGCAUAUCCCAGAAGAAGCUCAAGCUGGACAUCGACAAGAGCGUUCGACAUCUCUACAUCUGCGACUUCCACAAGAACUUCAUCCAGAGCGUCCGCAACAAGAGAAAGAGGAAGACCAGCGACGAUGGAGGAGAGUCCCCAGAUCACGACGUGGAGGUUCCAGAGGUGGACCUUUUCCAGCUGCAGGUGAACACGUUGAGGCGCUACAAGAGACACUACAAGCUGCAGACCCGACCCGGCCUCAACAAGGCCCAGCUGGCAGAGACGGUGAGUCGCCACUUCAGGAACAUCCCGGUGAACGAGAAGGAGACGCUGACCUACUUCAUCUACAUGGUGAAGAGCAGCAAGAGCCGGCUGGACCAGAAAGGAGACGGCGGCAAACCGCUGGACUAGAAAACCCCAAACCACGCCACCGCCAAACGGCAGCAACCGAAAACCACCGAACUCCCGCCGUCCCGUUAAAACCGGACGAGGAGUCGACCUCGUUUCCGACCGCGGAGGAGCAGAUUUACCAAAAGAACGGCGUCGCGUCUCCGUACGA